UUCCGCUUUGGGAUCUCAGAAGCAUUUACAGAUUCCUUACAGCAUGCACUCAGGAAUAGUUGUUUAUUUAUUGAUCCUGGGUUUGGUGACCAUCGACCAGACUUUGGGCAAACCUGAAGAAUCAAUGAAUCUAGAUUCCGAAGAGGGAAUUUUAGAUGAGACUCAGUUAGAGGAACUCAUGAAAGAAAUCCUCAACGAUGUGGAAGUAUUGGGCAAGCGAGACGAUUUUUCGAGGAUCUUACGUGGACCUUCCACCUUCUCCAGGAUUCUCCGGAGUCCCAACACGUUCUCAAGAAUUCUGAGGAGCCCUUCCACUUUCUCUAGGAUAUUGCGAUCUAGUUUCUCCCGAAUUCAUCGCGACCCUACCACGUUUUCCCGAAUCCUUAGGGAACAACCAGAUCCCAAUCAGCUGAAGCGAGAAUCCUUCUCUCGAAUUUUGAGGACUCCAGGGUUCAACAGGAUUUCCAAGAGCAAUCCUCACUCAAGAAUCCUCUAAAUCUGGCCUUAAUGAGAAGUUGGGCGAUUUGAUAAUGAAAAAUAUUGUAACUUGUGAAAUGAUUGUAUUAUAUUUUCAAUCACAAACACAUUAGCACCAAGUUAAGUGUCAACUGUUUUUCAGAAACGCUUGAAUGCAACCAAUUUGUUCUUAUGGGUUUCAAAACGUACUUUAUGUAUUUCCAUCAUUCGUCUUCGAAUGUUUUUGGAUCUGAGAUGUAUAGUCGGGAGGAACACGUCUCAAAUCCAAAUAUGAUAUGUGAUCAAAAAUAAAAUUGCUGAAGAUA